CGUCACACACACCAACUCGAUCUCGUCGCUUGGUCUUAAUAGAUGCAAACCCUGUGGUCGUCCGCUCCAGGUAGGAAGAACUCCAGUAUCCAUGGCAGCUGCCGUGCUCAUUCUUGCCUCUGUAGCUCUCUUCCUCUCGUGGGUGGUGGUGAAGGGAGCUUACUCGCUGUGGUGGAAGCCCAGGAAGUACGCAGAGACCUUCAAGAGGCAGGGAAUCCAUGGCUACCCUUACAAGUUCUUCAUCGGCAACGCGAGGGAAGCGGCGAUCAUGCAAGUGAAAGCGUUGGCCAAGCCCAUGGCCUUCUCUCAUGAGUUAGCUCCACGAAUUAAUCCCUUCUUUAAGGAAUGCGUUGAUAAAUACGGUAAAAUUUCAUUCUCUUGGUUUGGGAAGACACCGCAGCUAAUCCUCAUGGAUGCGGAGAUGGUAAAAGAAGUCCUCUCCAACAAGUUUGGGAACUUCUCCAAGUCCCCUCAGUCGGCUCAAGGGAAGAUGCUGGCAAGGGGCCUCGGCAGCUUGGAAGGUACACAAUGGGCAGUCCAGAGAAGGCGCCUCAAUCCUGUCUUCCAUUUGGAAAAACUCAAGGGAAUGCUGCCAUCAUUCUCCAGUUGUUGCAGUGAGCUAGUUGAAAGGUGGGAAAAAUCAAUUAGUCCCCAAGGAUCGUGUGAAUUAGAUGUAUGGAAGGAGUUUCAGAAUCUUACUGGAGAUGUCAUCUCUAGGACUGCCUUUGGCAGUAACUAUGAAGAAGGCAGGCAGAUAUUCCAAAUGCAGAUGGAAAUGGCUGCGCUAGUGAUUCGAGCCUUCUCAAAAAUGUAUAUCCCUGGAUUCAGGUUUUUGCCCACAAAGGACAACAAGAGGCAGAAUGUGAUAUACAGAAAGAUCAGAUCCCUGCUUAAUAACAUAAUUGAGAAGAGAGAGAAGGAAAUGCAGUUGGGUAUUGCAAAAAAUGAUGAUCUGUUGGGAAAAUUGUUGGAAUCAAACAGGAACGACCAUGAGCAUGGGAACAGGGGAAUGACAAGAGAGGAUGUCAUAGAAGAAUGCAAGUUCUUCUACCUUGCUGGUCAGGAGACAACUUCAGUGUUGCUAACAUGGACCAUGGUUCUGCUCUGCAUGUACCCAAGCUGGCAAAUGCGUGCGAGGGAAGAGGUUCUUCAAGUUUGUGGCAAGAAUAUCCCCUCUUUUGACAGCUUAAGCCACCUGAAGACUGUCUCUAUGAUUCUAAAUGAAGUUUUAAGACUCUAUCCACCUGUAACAUUUUUGAUAAGACGAACUUACAAAAAUGUAAAAUUGGGAGACCUCAACCUCCCAGAAGGGGCUCGCCUGAUUCUGCCACUGCUUCUCAUCCACCACGAUCGUAAGCUUUGGGGUGAUGACGCUGUUGAAUUCAAACCAGAGAGGUUCUCAGAAGGAAUUGCAAGUGCAUCCAAGAAUCAGCUGGCAUUCUUUCCAUUUAGUUGGGGUCCUCGGGUCUGCAUCGGCCAGACAUUUGCACUAAUCGAGGCCAAGAUGGCACUUGCCAUGAUUCUGCAACGCUUCUCCUUCGAACUAUCACCAACCUAUGUUCAUGCUCCACAGCAGAUCAUAACCCUUCAGCCUCAGUAUGGAGCUCAAAUCAUCUUGCAUUCUAUCUGAGAAAAUCGAAUAAACACUUUGAUCAUGAAAGAAGUAUUGAGGCCACUUUCUGCUGCAUGGAUCCUAUAGGCAACCGACGCAUCCCAUUAUUGAAUGGCCACCUUUCUGAUUGAUGACAAAGGUUAAAAAAUCUGUGCUUAUGCAAAUCUUUUACAUGUUCUAUAUGUAAUGUACCAAAGCUUUUUCUUUUCUUAGAGGAAAAAAUUUGUCUUA